GUAUGUGUGGAGUUGUGAGAAGGUCAGACCACAUGAGAAACCUUUCCAUGUGUGUCUGCUCAUGAGAGGGGCGAGCAGCGAGACACUGUCAUUUUCCCACUCAGCUCCGGACACUCUCACACACUCUCACACACUCUCACACACUCUCACACACUCUCUGAAUCUGUUCUCCGCACUUGUGAAGCUGAGGUUUUUCACCUGACUUUGAUUGGACUGACUGAGACAGACUGUGAACCAUGAGUGUUUCCCAGGAGACCUGCCUUUUGGACCAGGUGCUGGAGCUGAUUAUGAACGAGAAGCCCCCCGCAAGUACGAGUCUCUUCCUAAACGAGGACACGGACAAACCCCCCUUGCCGGAGAGAGGAGACCUGAGGAGGCGUUUGCACAGGGCAAUGGAUAGGAGAGCCAGCACCAUGAAGGAGAGGAUGGGCUCCAUCAGCAGGGGCAGUGUCAAGGCUUUCUUCAAGAGGAACCUAUUCGUCCUGUUCACCGUCGCGGCUGUGGCUCUUGGUGUAAUGCUGGGCUUUGCUCUGCGCCCCCACAAUCUGUCCAUGAGGGAGAUCAAGUACUUUGCCUUUCCUGGGGAGCUCCUCAUGAGAAUGCUGCAGAUGCUGGUGCUGCCUCUCAUCGUCUCCAGUCUGGUAUCAGGUAUUUCCUCCUUGGACAGCAAGGCGUCAGGUAAGAUGGGUAUCCGUGCAGUGGUCUACUACAUGGUGACCACCCUGAUUGCUGUGUUCAUUGGCAUCGUCAUUGUGAUGAUCAUCCAGCCGGGCAAAGGCAGCAGAGACAGUCCUUUGGCCAAAAGUGGAAGCAUUGAACCUGUUCAGGCUGCUGAUGCUUUUCUGGAUCUCAUCAGAAACAUGUUUCCCCCCAAUCUGGUAGAAGCUUGUUUCAAGCAGUAUAAAACAGUUUACAAGAAGACUGUUCAUACACGGAACGUGACGGUGACCCUGAACCUCACGGACUCCCUCAACGUGACAGAGUCUGACCUGAGCAUGAACCUCAGCAGGGUGCUGCACACCAUACAGGAGACAGUGGAGGAGACAAUCCCCAUGUCCGGCUCCUCCAGUGGAGUGAACGCUCUGGGUCUGGUGGUCUUCUCCAUGUGCUUCGGUCUGGUCAUUGGCAACAUGAAGCAGCAGGGCCAGGCUCUCAGGGAUUUCUUUGACUGCCUGAAUGAAGCCAUCAUGAAACUGGUGUCCAUUAUCAUCUGGUACGCUCCAGUGGGCAUCCUGUUCCUGAUUGCAGGUAAAAUUGUGGAGAUGAAGGAUCUGGCCGAGGUGGGCGGUCAGCUGGGGAUGUACACCGUGUCGGUCAUUGUGGGUCUCCUCAUCCACGGCCUCUUUGUGCUGCCAAUGCUUUACUUCAUGGUGACCAGGAAGAAUCCCUACAGCUUCAUCGGCGGUCUGCUGCAGGCCCUCAUCACAGCCCUGGGGACAUCAUCCAGCUCUGCUACCCUGCCCAUCACCUUCCGCUGUCUGGAGGAGAACAACCGUGUGGAUAAAAGGGUAACCCGUUUCAUCCUCCCUGUGGGCGCCACCAUCAACAUGGACGGCACCGCCCUCUACGAGGCUGUGGCAGCCAUCUUUAUCGCUCAAGUUAAUGACAUGGACCUAAACUUUGGCCAGAUUCUCACCAUCAGUAUCACGGCAACUGCUGCCAGCAUCGGAGCAGCAGGCAUCCCUCAGGCUGGCCUGGUUACCAUGGUGAUCGUAUUGACAUCGGUGGGACUGCCCACAGAGGACAUAACACUGAUCAUCGCCGUGGAUUGGUUCUUGGACCGCUUGCGUACCACCACCAACGUGCUGGGCGACUCGCUCGGGGCCGGCAUCGUGGAGCACCUCUCCCGCGGGGAGCUGCAAAAUCAGGAUGAUGAGGUGCGCAACUCUGUCAUCGAGGAGAAUGAGAAGCCCUACCAGCUCAUCUGCCAGGAAAACGACACCAUCAAGCACCACAACAGUGAGACCACAAUGUGAAAAGAUAAAACCACACUCAGAGGGGCUUCACGAACCAUUUCAGCUAGAAAGUUGGCUUGCUGUGGUGCAGGAGAAUAAAAUCAUUUUGUGUCGACUCACCCAGUGCUCGAGGUUCCCAGAGUGUCCCAAACUCAUGCGUGGCUGCUUGGUAAUAGGUAAUAUGCACACACACUUAUUAGGAAAGGUUUUAUAACCACCGCUGUCGAUCUGAUUCAGUACCAGUGAUGUGAAACCAAAUCAGAUUGAAAAAGUUCAGUAGGUCAAAUAAAGAUGAAAGUCAUUUUGAAAUCAUUUUCCGGUUCAUCAAGUUUUCAAAUAUUUGUAUGAUUUAUGAUACAUACGAUCAGUCAAACGAAUACCUACCAGCAUCAGUGUGAGAAUACACAGUAUUAACAAAGACAAACUCCAUUCAUCCAGUUUCCAAUCCACUCAGCUCUUUUGAAUGGCUUAACAUUUCUUUGCAAACAUUUUUUUGUAAUACAUCAUACAUCAUGACUACCUCUAACAGGACGUUUAGAUACAUUGAAAUAUUCAAUGGAGCAUAUUAACGGGAUAUUAAUACAUUAGUUGCUCCGCUGUUAAAGAUCCCAUAUUUAACACAUUUUCUUCUGUUCUUUAAGUGUGCUUGCACAAGACACUGGACCACGGUGGGAAGGAGAAUCUUUACCACUUAUUACUUUAAGAUUUGAUUUAUUGCAAGUGACUUGUUAGAAUGUUUAAAUCUCGCUGCUUUCUUAUAAGUGUACAGCAUAUAUAUUUGCAAGUAUUUCCUGUAUUUCUUUGUUGAUAUUGCUUUAAGAAUAUGGGCAUAGGACUGUACUCCUACACUAAUUGUAGUAAUACCUGCAGUAAUACUUGUUCUGAAACAAUUUCUUCUCCCUGAUCCAUGAUCCUUUUUUCUUUUUCCACAAUUAAUAGCUCUUGUUUUAGAAAUUUUGAUGUGCUUAUUACUUUGAUUUUUUUUAAUCAUUUAAAAAAAAGCACAGUGUUUUAAUGUUAGCUCACCUUUAUUUCCCAGUUUUAAAUUAAACCAAAAAAACAAACAUGCAAUUAAAUGUUGGUAUAUUUAGACUGGAAUGAUGUAAUGCAGAUUAAUCACAGAUUUAUUUGUAUUAACUUUGUGAAAACGUGCUGUGAAUAAAGUUGGUCAACGCUUUGAGGAAUUGAA